UGCUUGGGACAUGGCGGAGGCAAUUCUGAUGAGUAGAACUGGAUUUGAUGGACAAGUUGUCAAUGAAUACAUACCGGUGAGCAAUUGGGACAUGGUCAAGGCAAUGCUGAUGAGUAGACCUGGAUUUGAUGGACAAAAUGGGCCAAUAUGA